GACGAGGCGGACUCCGCGCCCCUCAACAUCGACGUCGAGGAGGAAGUGCACCUCCUCAAGGACAUCAUGAGCGUCCUUUCCGACACGUCCGAAGAAAAUGCCAUUAAACCGGACGAAUCGAUCAAGGGCACGCUGGAGGAGCAUGACCCGCACCGGCCGGCGGAUGCCAGCGACGGCGCGGCCAUCCACCCUUCCCAGAUGAAGCCCACGAUGCUGCAGCUUCUCUACAUCAAUAUCCUUCGUUGUCGCAGUCGCGGAGACAUCGUGCUCGCCGAGUACAUCCGCAUGUACCGCCUCCUGAACGCCUUCCUGAGUAACUUCGGGAGCUUCGCCACCGUUCAGACGCAGAUGCUGGAAGAUCGCAUAAGAAAUCUGGAGAUUCGCCACCAAGGCGUAAAUCGGCAGGAAUACCAAACCCUUUCUGGCAUGAUCCGCUUUGAGGACGCAGCCGGCACUGUCGGGGAUAUUGAUCCGGUCUCCGGCACGAUUCUAUUCACGUGUCUGCAGCGCCAUCUUCAGUAUCUGUCCCUCGCCUUGCAUGCGAUUAUUCCCCUGCCAAGGGACGAGCCUCUCCUGCACCCGUUUGAGUCGGCCUACAGGACCAUCCUGGCCAGCCACCACAACUGGUUCGUGGAGAAGUUCUACCUGGUGGGCCUGGCCAUGCUGCCCUCCAAGGAGCAGGCCGUGGCCCACCUGAAGGUGAGUCAGGGCGAGGACGUCAGCAUGGACGACCUGAUGGCGAGCCUUCGGCUAGUCGUGCGGGAGCUGGACGAGCUCACGGAGGCGACGGAGGUGGUCCUCGAGACGAGCGGCGUCCUCGGGAGGAUCCCCACUCAGGUUGUCACGUGAGACUUUUAAAACCUAAAUCAUACCGAUUUUUUAUUUGUUAUUUGGAUGGAAGGAAAAUACAUUUUUGUAAAUAAAACAUUUAAUUGAUUGUAAAA